AUGGCCAAGGCCUUCAGUCCGAACCCCAAUAUUUGCAGCAACGGCAGCAGCAAACCCCCCAGCAAGCGCCACCUACUGCAUAUCAGUCCGCGGGGUUAUAUUAAUUCGGUCAGGCUGAUGGGCUCCAUAUUACAGCCAGAGCGACAGGGUCGUUGCACGUCCGCAAUCAUCCAUGUUCCUUAUGCCACGAACCACCUGGACUGUAUUCCCGUCUCAUUGUGGCCAUGUAAUUUAACUGCCUAUGUGCCGGUACUGCUGCUGCCUCUCUCCAGGGAGGGCGGUCAGGACUUCGUGCUGGAAGCGUGGAAUGAGGAGGCCGCCCUCCUGUUGGGGCUGCAUGGAGCGCAGGUGCUUGUGGACGGGCGACUGGCUCGGGACGCCGUCAUGGGAGUGACCAAGGUGGUGGCCAACAGCAUCCAGCUGGUGGACCUCUCCCUACCUGUCACCAGCUAUCGGGGUGGACAAGCCGGUGAGCGCCGCACAGCCGCGCCAGCUUUGGACCCGCAGCAGGUGUGGCGGACGCACUACACCUCUUCGACACAGACCCUCAAGGCACUGGCCGCCCACUUCGGGGUCCAACCUUCCACUAUAUCAAGAUCGCUGCUGCCAUACGCGUUCCAGUCCAGCAGCCCGCUGCACUGGCGCGUGCUUGCAGAGGAGGUGGGAUUGGGGCCGAAAGAUGACUUGCGUCUCGGCGACUUCAUGGACUUGGUGACCAAGUAUAAGGAGGACGUAGCCGCCAUGUAUGGAGAGGCAAAGCCGGGCGCCGCCCCCCCUCCAAUGCCCACCACCGCGGAGGGCAUCCUCAAGGUGAAGCCCAUCCGCGAGUGGGCGCUGGCAAAGCCCGAAACCGAUUUGGCGUUCUACACUGUGAAGCAAUACGAGGCUCAGCAUGGAAUGCCAAUGCUCUACGAAGCACUUCGGAUGGCUGUCGUUGCGGAGGCCACACAAGGCGUGUGGAACUACCAAGUGGAGUUUGGUUCGGGUGUAGAGGCCUAA